UAGUGCUUUUCUUAAACUGUUACAUCGGCCGUAUUGGGUCCAUCUAGCCCUACAUCCUGUCUCUGCCUGUAGCCAGCACAGUUGCCUGGAGAGCAGCAUUGCAAUAAGCAAUGGAUGAGAGGAUGCUGGGCCAAAAUAUUUUCUCUGCUUUCUGUGACUGCAGUCGAGAGUGCUUCAAAAUCAGUGGUAUAUUGCCCAAGGAUGGCAGACACACAGGGCUGGCGCCGGGCUGAGUCUGCAGCAUCGGGCUGGAAGGAGGUGUGGCCACACACUGCAUGGAGCAGCAGUGCAGGUUCCAGGUGGGAUCCUUGCUCUGCUCCUUCGUCAUCAGCGUAGUUUGGGUGCUGGGCAGAUGUCCCGCUCCAAAGCCAGAUGUUUGGAGCAUGGCUGGGAAGAGAAUUUGCUUCUCUGAGCUCAAGCAAUAGUAUGAUUUAGGGUUAAUUGAUAAGGGGAUGACUCUAAUGUAAAAUAAUGGUUGUAGUGAGGCUAAAUAAGUUAUCACCUUUUGUAGCCAGAAAACUAUCCAGCUGCGAUGGAAAGCCAAAAUCUGCAGAGGAGAACCAUCCUCCAGAAAUCAUGGGGGCACCAGGUGGUAUCAGGAACUGUUUUGCUCUUGGAGAAGUGCUGGUCCCACUCUUCAUUGCGUUUUCAGGCUGCCACUUUUCUUCCUGAAGGUCCUUAUUCCAGGGGAGGGUGAGGAGGUCACAGGAGUGAACACCCGUGCUGCUGUGAACUUAGAAAGCUUUUCAGUUUGCUAGACUCUGGCAAAAGCCUCUGAUCUGCACUGCACAAUCGAGCCUCAGUUCACGCUGGCGGUGGAGGCCUGUAGCUGGUAACGUGGGCAGCUUCAGGCUGUCCUGAAAGGUUUUGUUCAGCGUGUGCCUCGGCUCCGCUCGCUGGCCCUCGCCUUUCUCAAAAUGUUAAGUAUUCAGCCCUGCUCCACUGCAUUAUCUCACAAAUCUCCUUUUGUUUGGCGCUUUUCUGAAGCGUGCAUUGUGUGCGGUGGCACGAAUGGUGGCUGAGCUGCAUUUGCAGUGUGCUCAGAGGGGCUCUGCGGCACGGCCCGCUGCGGGCUGCUUCGUGCUCGUGCACAGCCUCCUUGCCUGAAACCUGUGAAUGGAAGCACAGAAAUACCACAGCUUUUAUUUGGUGGUGGCUGUGUCAUGCUCCUAUUCCUGGAGCUGUCAGACGGAAGGGAGCUAAUCUGAUAACCCCUAAUACUUUGUCUUCUGUGAUCUUGCUUGAUAGCUGUGCUUUAACGCCCAAUUUCUUAUAGAGUGAGGAGGAAAGGGAAAAAAAAAUCCUGUUCAGGCUCAAAUCCUGUGCAGCCAGGCUGCUGAGUUUUCAUCAAAAGCAGGAAACAGAUGGACAGGCGCAGCUGCAGGAGGUGCUGCAAUUCUGAAAUACUCUCCAGGCGCGUGCAUGCAGGGACAUCAGCACAGCAGUGCUGCUCUGCACCGUGUGGACGGGCGGCCCCACAGCCCGCAGCGCUGCUUCCGAGAGGCACUGCUGGCACAACAUACAGCUCUGGGGCUCUGGGCCAGCUUACUGGAACGGUGUUAAAAUAUGGGGCAGACGGACGCAUCGAAGACUAAGUCUUGUGUUUGUGCAGCACGCUGAGGGCCCUCUCUUGGGGAGCUUCCCUCUGUAUCCUCUCCAGAUGCACUUUCUUACUCUCUGAUGAGUUCUCCUUUGCGAUCUGUACAGCUACAUAAUGAAGGGGUCUUGUGAGCUGACGGAGUCUCAGAGGCAGCUAGAGAGAGCUCUGGGACGACCGUUCUUAUGUGCUGGGUACAGAAGAGCAAAGAGGGUCUGCAGCCAAGCAGUGCCCCAAAUCUGUGUCCAGCCACUCACACAGUCUGAUGUGCAGUCAUUGCUCAAGGGAUGCGCUGUAAAAAUUAGCCUGUAUAUUGUUUGUUGGACUUUUCCUGUUUGCUUGAAAGGUGCAAAUGUUUAGAUCUCUUCCAGGACAGAUCUGAGUUAUUUUCCUCAUUUGGGAGGUUUAUUUUCUUAAGCAGUUCUGUAUUUUUUCUUUCUUUGUAUAGUCUUUUACAGAAAGUAAAGAUAUUUUCUGAGCAAGAAGUCUACAUAAACACAACUGUGUAGAGGGGAGAAUGUGUUUCGCUGCCUGCUUUCCCUUUUCUAAAGACAAAAGAGCCUUAUUGAAACGUGUUUCCUUUCUGUCUGCUAAUAGGUUUGCCUUCCUUCCUCCUAACAACGAGCUCAGCAUUCUCCCAUCCUGUUGGGUAUGAAUUUCAGCCUGGACUGUUUUCCCUGUUGAGGUGUUGAGUCAUUGGCCUUGAAUGGGAGCUGCAGCGGGACUGGGGAAAUCUGUGGCUUGGGAAGUAAGAGGUUGUCCAGCCAUGUGGUGGUAAAUGGGAUGAAUUUUAAAAAACAAGUGUAAGGUGCUAUUCACUUUUGUCUGGGGCUCCUCAUGCUUUUUUCCUAGGUUUAUUUCUGGAUACUUUCUUACAUUAUAGAGCUGGAUACAUUCCAAAACAUUAUGCAUAAAAUGACCCAAGGAAGGGGUGGUUUCCGUCAGUCAAUAGCAGUGUUCCAUUUUAAGCUGUAUCAGGUUGAAGGGGAAAAAAUCCUGUACUGUGUCACUGGAACUCUUUUGUGUCCUGGAGGAAAGGUACUGAAAGUCUUUCUCCAAAGGCUGUGUGGGAAUUACGUCCUGAAGUCUGGAUAUUCUCCAGAGCUUAGUUGUGCUAAUUCAUAGAAAUGCUAAACUCACUAAACUGGACAGCAGAGCUGCAAAUUUGGCUGUAAGUGCAGAUAGUGCAUUGCUUUGUGUGCACUGUGAUUACCAACACUGGGCUGAGGUGCACACUUUGCAAGAGUUAGUGAAAUGGACAAUAAUUAAAGCAGGCUUUGCUAUGUGCAAAACAGGAAGGAGCUAAACAAGUCAGAAGAAAGCUUCCCAUGCUUUUCCCAUGCUUCCCAAGUGUUGCACACUUUUAGUUACACGUUUAGAGAGAUUCGGAAGAGUAGAUUUUGGAAUGGCAUUUACUCUGAUUGUUUGGUUUUCAUGCAAGUGUUUUCAAGAGCACUCAAACACCCGCUAAUGAGGAAAGAGGUGCUCGGAGGUAGGCUACAGAAUUCUGUAGUAUUCCCCUCCUAUGCCCUUUUCAGCACAGUUCUUCAGACAGAAGUAAUGAGAAUUACUUGUGGCAAAUCUAGGGGAUUUGGGAACUUGUCCCUUCCCUACCCCUCAGCUUAAAGCUGUAGUUCCUCUGGAAAUAUUCGCAGAAAGAAAAUCACAAGCUUCUGUGCUGGAUCACUAAUCCGUCUGUAAGGAAAUAGCCAUGAGAGGGACAAAUGCGUCGCUUGAGCACGCGGUGGGGCAGGCCUACGAGGUCUCAUUGACUGCUUGGCUAAUGGCAGCAUACUGAACUGUCAGGCAGGCUCAUUAGGGACAAGCUGCUAAUUCAGUCAGUCAGGCUGCCAGGCUGCAUUGUGCAGAGCUGAGCAGCGUGAACAGAGCCCACAAGCAAAGCUGCUGGAAUCCGCUUUUGUGCUCCCUUUGGACAGCUGUCCUCCCUUGUUGGCUUCUUUCCCCAGUUCUAACUGGCCACGUGGAGUUUUGGCACUGUUCAUGUUGCCUGAAGAUUAAUUGUAGAUUGCAGAAGUAAUCCAACUGGUGCUAACCUCAGUAACCCUGCUUCUCUUCCCAGCUGAUUUUGCAUACAUACCUUUAGUCACAGUGUCAGAGCCAGCGUUAAUUCACUGCGUCUGGUGACUUAAUUGGAAAUUGGUUUAAGCUUUCUCUUUAAACCCUAAUUUGGAAUGCUGUAGGUGUUUUCCUUAUCUUCACUGCUCACAUCUGCUUGGCAGCAUAUGCUGAAGUUUGCAUUUCUUUUCUGCUGUCAAAAGACAACCUUGGUCUCCUGGCUUGAUUUUUCAGUUACGUCUCUCUGGAGCGAUGACAAGACAGAUCUUUAGCUCAGUGACCUGGAGGCACACGAGGGCCUCAUGCCUUCUCAGACGUCACACGAAAAUCUUUCCCAAGAAUUGAAAUUCACCAAAGAACUGCAGGUGAUUUCAGAGUCACCGCAGUAUUUGCCUUGCAAAUCCACCACAAUCCCUGGAAGGACUUGGUACUGAAGUAUAAUGCUAUGGGCUGGCUUUUGGAGCAGAGAAGUGGUGGGGAAAACCCGUCUUGUGCAGCCCACAGGGGCUGGCAUCCUGCUUUUUGUGUGAUGGACCCCUUGGGUGAUUAUCAUGGAAGGUUGAAGAAGGGUAAGAGAUCGUUUCUGGCUCAUAAAGGGAGCAACUAGAUUGUGUCAGUGCUGUCUCUUUCUAAUGUGCAUCAGAAUAUAAAGUUGAUUGAGGAGUUGGAACCCAACAGAGGGUUUUCUGAUUCUCUGCCAUCUGCUUGACUUUAUGACUCCAGCUCCUCUCCCAUUCUUGGGGAUGAUUUUCCCUGACAUCUUCAGUCUUAUUAAAACUUGUUUUUGUUUCUGCCCAGUCUUCUGCCAGAGAAAGGCUGAAAUGGAUAAGUUUCUGGUAACCGUUUUCUGUGUUUUCACCUGAUUUGUCUCAUUGUUUUAAGGCUAGGUCACAUACUUAAGGAUUUCAGAUGCGAUCAGAAAUGAAGCAGAACAAGGUUUCCCAGGAGAUGACUGUGUGUGCUUGUGCAGAACGUGCUUCCCAGGGAAAUGGUCUGCAGAAUUACCUUGCAGAAUGCUGCACAGCUCCAGCACGUGUGUCACUAACUGUCCAUUCACAAUUGAUGAUUUCUCCAGGUAAUGCUCUCCUCCAGCUGUGUCAGGCUCUGUCACCACACUGGGAGGCUGCCCUCCUUCCCAGAAACAACAGUUCCUGCCUCUGCCUGUUCACAUGGAGGGGUAUCUGUGUAAAGCAGUGCUCCAUUCAGGGAAAGGAAGCAGUAUUUUUCUAAGAAUGGAAAAACACUUGCUGUGUGGGAGGGAAAACUUCUUGUGAUCAAGCACUGAGUUUCCUCAAUUCACUUUGUGGGGGGGUUUCUAUUGGAGUAAGGCUGGAGGAGGGAGAUUUGGGAUGAUUCUGGGAAGCUUUGACUCAGAAAGGGGAGAGUGAUUCAUAGAUUUUUAGUGCUGUUAUUUAUUAAAGCCAGAACAGACCAUUGGACCUGGUCUUAUCUUUCCUUUUGAAAAUGCAAAGCACUUAUGUGAUGACCCAAAAGAGUUUGUGGGUUUAAACUUAGGUCUUGUGGCAUUAAAAUAUAAAUCCCAGCAUUGGGAGUCAGCCUACCACUACUUUAAACUAGAUUUGUGGUCAGUUACUUCUGGAGUCGUGAUGGAAGAGUUCGUUCAUUCAAGAGCUGUUCUUUAAUUUUCAUAGGGAAAUGCUGAUUACCAAGGAAAUCAGCUUUUUUAGGAGGAGCCUUUUUCUUCUCCCUGAUUUGGAAAUGCAUAUUUACUUCUCCAUAACUUCAUUGUUAGUACUCAAAAUAAACGAUGAGUUGCAGGAUGUACCUUAGAAAAAAAGAUUUAAGCUCAUCUUUUCCUUUAAGCUCGCCUUACACCAAAGGCUCACACAGCCCCAGUGCAUUUGGAUAUGCUGUGUCAGUGGCUGAGGAAAGCUUCUGAGCUUCCAGCAGUCCUUGGUGGAUCCUGGAGCAAACAGCUUCAUUACCCUCCUGAAAACACUGCUAGCAGGGCAAUCUCAUCAUGCCUAAACUGCUGCCUUGAAUUUUGUUUGUACUGAGGUCAGUUAUGCUAGGUAAUGCCUUAAUCUUGGCAGAGGUAGGGAAUGCAUGCAGAGGCUCUUCAAGAGAGAGAAAUGAUGGAGAAAGGACAAACAUCCAUUGUCACAACAAAGAGGAACUUGGACUUGGAGCAGCAUUUAACUGCAUUGGGGUAAACGAAUCUUCCAGAACUGUGCAUCAGACACUUCAGACAAACACAGCAUCUGUCCUAGAAGGAUUUAAUUAUGUGAAAUAAGCUCAAGAUAAACUGAUUUGUGUCAAUAGCUGUAAUAAACACAUUCUGCAUAGUUAAGAAAUCUCCAAGGCUUUGGAUAAUCAACUGAAAUCUCAAUUCAGUUUAACUCUGAUAAGCAUUUAUCAGUAAUUUUAGACAUUUAGUUGACUUGUAAGCAAUCCUGUAAGAUCACCAAAACCAAUUUCGUGAUUCACAGUUAUUACUGCAGUUGAAACUUUUUUUGCUGAAGUAUCCAGAGUGGUUACAAAAAAGGAUUUUCCUGGGAGUGAUUUUGCUGCCUGGGAAAAAUCUCACACAGGUGCAACCGAUUGGAAAAGCCAGACUACAUUUUUUUUUUGUAAUGAGAAAAGCGAAAAAGAAUCCAACGAAGAGGCAGUGGUGUGUUGCCUUGCCAGCAAGGGAAGUCAAGAAGACUGCAAACUUUAAUGGAAGUAGAAUUUUGGAGGGAGAAAGCUAUAGACUGCUGUGAAAUGUACCCAAAGUUUUCUGGUUUACAGAACCAAUAGUUUAAGAAGCCCACAGAAGUAUGCCAAGAAAAGCUUUCAGUCAGAUAAUCUAACAUGGCUACUGGGGAAUGUUGCACUCUUUUGUGGAGGAGCUGACAGGGGAUACAAGUCAUCUGCCAUGCAAGAAGAUUUGCUUUGCUGUAACCAGUUUCAGCUGCAGCAGCCACCACCAGUUCCUGAUUGAAUGACACCAGUGCCACAGGGAUGGUGACCUUCUUCAGCUGAGAGGAACAGAGUUGGGAAUGAGAACUUGGCAUCCAGCAAGAAGCAUCCAUAGGAGCCUGUUGAAGCAGCCACCUGAAGCACGGUUCUCUGAGCACUUUCAACCUGUAGCCUUGUGUGCCUCAUCUCUGGAUCACCGCUGCCUUUGGGCUUUCUCCUGGCCCUGAGUCAAUCUGCUCGCUGUUAAACGUUCUCCCAUCUGUUUUUGGCUCCACGCUGGAUUUCUGCUGGACCCUGAAAGCAGUGAAUAGUUGUGAAGGAAAGUGAUGCAACUGAAGCCGAAUACAGUUUGAAGAGCCCUCCAUGUGGAGUUGCUGAAUACUGGAAGCUUCCCUUCAGCAUUCGUGGUUCCUUAGUUACUUCAGUGCCCUGGUGCCCCUGGCUGACAAAAGCCAUCUCCCCAGCCAUCCCGGUGUACAAUGGGCUCGUGUUCUUGUUUGUGCUGGCAAACUUCAGCAUGGCUACUUUCAUGGACCCUGGAGUUUUUCCACGAGCAGAUGAAGAUGAAGAUAAAGACGAUGACUUCCGAGCUCCACUUUACAAGAAUGUGGAGAUUAAAGGAAUCCAAGUACGGAUGAAAUGGUGCGCCACCUGCCACUUCUACCGUCCUCCACGCUGCUCUCACUGCAGCGUCUGUGACAACUGUGUUGAGGAUUUUGACCAUCACUGCCCAUGGGUCAACAAUUGCAUAGGACGGAGGAACUAUCGCUAUUUUUUUCUCUUCUUGCUGUCCUUAAGUACGCACAUGGUUGGAGUAUUCACCUUUGGCCUGAUUUUCAUACUGAACCACAUGGAAAAGCUGGGAGCAGCUCAUACCACCAUUACAAUGGCUGUCAUGUGUGUGGCUGGGUUAUUCUUUAUUCCAGUCAUUGGUCUCACUGGUUUCCAUAUUGUUUUAGUGGCACGAGGACGCACGACCAACGAGCAGGUGACAGGUAAAUUUCGAGGGGGAGUGAAUCCUUUUACCCGAGGAUGCUGUGGAAAUGUGGAACACGUGCUCUGCAGUCCUUUGGCUCCCAGUCUCCUCCACCUUCCACUGCAGGGAAGCUGUUUCAUGAUAACUAGGUACAUAGUUGAGCCCAAGAAGAAGCUGGCUGUGAGCGUGAAGCCUCCUUUCCUCAGACCUGAUUUAUCUGAACGACAGAUCACAGUGAAGAUCAGCGACAAUGGGAUCCAAGCCAACCUCAACCGGAGCAAGUCCAAAAUCAGCCUGGAAGGUCUGGAGGAGAAAGGUAUGGAUGUGCAACCACCGCUCCCACCCAAAGGAGAUCAAAGCAAAUACUCUGAGUUAAAAGGGCAGCUGGGGACCAGUGAAGAAAGUGGCCUUUCACCCAAGUUGAUCAGCCCUCCCACACCUGCCAUGUACAAGUACCGGCCAGCUUUCAGCAACAAUCCCAAAGUCCACUACCAUGCUGCUGCUGAGCAGAUCACCCUGCAAGAGGGACACAGCCAGGGGGCUCUGAUAGAAGAGGAUGGCAGGAGCCUUGAUUACCAGUCCGAACCCAGCCUGGACAUCCCCAGCUACCGCAAGAGCUCCCUUCACAAGACCUAUCAGUCUUCCCCACUCCAGAUAGAUUCCUUUGCUAUCAAUUCACGAUCUCUGAGCCUGAAAUCUGCUGGCAGGAGAGGGACAGACAAAGUGCCCCUUCAUCCAAUGAAGUCUGAAGGGGCGGCUUCCACUCCUUACAAAAGCAUCUUUUCUCCCAAUUCCCUGUCGAACAGAAAUGGGAGUCUUUCAUAUGACAGUUUGCUAAACCCCAUGUCACCCUCGGGGAGGAAGUGCGUUGCCCAUUCUGCAGUCAGCUCUGUCGGGUACCACUCACCAUAUUUAUCAGCCAAAAUGUGCCAUCUACGGGGGAGCGAGCUGCAACGCCAACCACCUCAGAGCUUCAGCCCCGUGCUGGGGGGCCCAGCUCCACAUCAGCGAGACCCCUCUCCAGUCCGCUAUGACAACCUCUCCAAGACCAUUAUGGCAUCCAUUCAGGAAAGGAAAGAGAUGGAAGAGAGAGAGAAGCUCCUCCACUCGCACCCUGAUUCCGUGUUUGCAGACUCAGGUGUCUAUGACACCCCUAGCUCUUACAGCCUUCAGCAAGUCAGCACGCUCUCUGAAGACCCACGCAGCAUGGCGAUGAGAUACGGAUCUAGAGACAAUCUGAUGGCUGCUGCCAGUUUUAGCACAAGGAACCCUAUACUGCAGUCCUCAGUGUCUUCGCUCUCAAGUGCAAUGACAAGAGCUCCAAGGACUUCCACAACCUCUCUGCAAGCUGAUUUAGCCAAUAACAAUGUCCAGACGCACCAAGCACUACAAGGCAGGGUGAGCAAUGGCUCCUACAAAUCACCAGGCCACCAGGUCCCAUCGUCCCCCACAGGAAUGCCUAGGUCACCCUCUUAUGGAGGCCCAAAGUCUGUCUCCUUUGUAAACACUGUGGAAAUUACAGAGGUGCAAUCAGUGGGAGCACAAAGGGAUGAUAUACAGAUGAAGACACCGCACAGUAAAAUAAAUGGACAGCCAAAAGGAAUAUCUAGGCUAGGCUCAACGUCAAGUUCCCAAGGAACACCCGUCAGCCCUGCUAGACACUCAAAUGUUAAGAAGGUGUCUGGAGUUGGUGGAACAACCUAUGAAAUUUCAGUGUAAAAUAAAAUUAAAUGAAAACAAAGAGCCAUCCACUCAGCCAGCCAUGAAGCUAGGAGCACUGUGAAGACUCAAAUAACAACAAAGAAGGAGCAGCAGCAGCUGGCCACUCUCCUUUUCUUGUUUUGGAUUCGUUCCGUUUUCAUCUCUAUCUUUUGGCCAAAUAAACAGCUGCAGCCUUAUUCUUGACGGAAUAACAUUGUACAGUCCAUCAGAUUCGUCUUAACCGACAGACAGGAGCUGGCUGCCACCUACCACCCCAACCACAGAGCGGAUUUUUUUAUGCAGGAGAGUGCUAAAGCCAUUGUGCGUCUGUCUGUCCAACAUCGCGUACCAGUAGUGCAGUGAAAAAAUGGUCAGUCCAGGAUCGUUCUGUUUUCCUGUGCCCCUUCCCAGUUCUUCUGGCCAGCCAUGGGUCCAGCAGGAGUCAGAGGUCCAGCUGCUGCUUUUCUGCUGGCGAGGAAAGGGUGCUCCCUGUGCCGGGCAGUCUGCAGGUGUGAGAGCUGCCCUGCGUCUCCCAGGCAUUGCAGGUCAGGUUCUGCUAGGCAGGAGCGUGGCAGGGCACCCUGCACUACAAACGCUGUGUCAUCUUCCAAAGGCUCCCUGCUCCUCAGUCCCAGCUGGGUGCAGGAGAAAAGACAACAGCAGCUUCUCCAGUCUGCUGUUCGCCUUCCCACGUAUGAAAAAAACGUGUGUGCACCCAUGUGUCUGUGUGAUGGGAAAGGACUGCACCACCAGUGAGGAUCUUCCACUCUCACCUCUCAUCCCUGUUUUUUAAAGGCUUCUCUGACUCAGAAAUAAAAUCCAUGUGGACACGAAAGGAAGUGUUCAGAUGGGAACAAGUUCUUAACAGUCAUCAGCUGCUUUCCCUGCACCCUCCCUCUUGCCUGUUGGAUCCAGGCAGUAAGAUGCUUACUGCCGUGCCUGGUGCCCUGUGCAGUCCUGCAGCAGGGUUAGCAUGAGCUGUUGAAUUUACAGUGUGUGUAACUGAGCCAAGCGUAAGUCUAUAGGAUAUAAAUUUGGUGUCUGCCUGAUGACUAGCACAUUCCCUCUGGUCUUCAGUACUGUAAGACAAAGGAUUUUUCUGUUUGGUUUUUGAAUUUUCUUUCCCUUGGGGAACAACUUUUUAAAAUAAUAUCAAUCAAAAUAUUUAACAUUCUGAGGUUUCCUUUCCCUGUCUCCAGAAAACUACAUUUGCUUUGUUGGAUUCAAAGACAACUUUGCUGUUUAAAAACACACAGAAAACGCAAGAAAGGGUUACGCCAUUUUUUGUCUCAGAAAUCAGAACUCUGGUAACUCUAAUUUUGGGACAAAUAUUUAUUUCCUUUUUUUUUCUUUCCGUUCCUGAUCUCCUUCUCAUUUGUACGGAGGUCCAGACCAAUGCUAAGCAGCCAGAGUGUGCGUUCUGUUAAAAAUAUCCUGAGUGACUGUUGCCAAAGUCAGUAAAAAUCAUUAUUUAUCACUGAGCCAGUCAGCAUAUGAAACCUCGACUUUUCACCUCAUUCUCCUGGUAAACAGUUUUGACUAGAGAGCUAAAUUCCUUGUUUUUCAAGAUAUUGGUUUCAAGGGGGUUAAAUCAUUUCCAAUCCUUGACUAUAAAGGAGAACUCUCCAGCUAAUUGGUAGCAAUUCAGGAUGUGUCGAUAACAUUUUACUUGUGUUCAUCUAUGUCGAGAUUAAUUAUUCCAGAAGGCAAAUAUUGACCUCACUUUUGCCUGGUUAAAAUUGAUCUUUUGAUGUGAUAAAUGUUGACAUCUACUGCAAUACAGAGUUACUACAUGCUCCUUUUGUAUCGCAUGAUUUUGGAGAGGAAAACAUAAUUAUGUGUAAAGCUCUAUAUUAUCUGAAGGGAGAAAUCGAGAAAGCAGAGCAGCUGAAAUAGGCCAAAGUUAUGAGAGAGUGAACUCGGAAUCAGUGUGCAUUUCAUGGUCUCAGUGAUAUUUUAAAUGCCUGCUGUAAGGGCAUUGCAGAGCAGAGAAGCAAUUGUCCUUCUGUGCAGUUUGCUGGCAUGUGGAGUAUCACCACUAGUCGGAGGCACCGCGGUGCCAGUCGAGUGCUGGCAGACUGGAUCAGGUACAGAGGGCUGGAAGACUGGACAAGCUGAUAGGAAGAUUCAAGGGGCUAGAAGCGUGUCACUGGCCAAGCAGUGAAUAGGAAAUUGAGUAUGAUAAUUUUACGGAUGUGUUAAUUAAAACAGGUAAAACCAAAGGCAAACCAGAGUUGUUCCCAGUAGCCAAUGGCCAGUCUACAUUCAGAAGGAGGAGUCAAGACGAUAGGGAAAGAGAAAGGGAGUAGUCUUCCGAGGCAGAAUACUGGAGACUACAGACUGAAGACAGUCAAACCUUAUUCAGACACAUGAUGAGAGAAGGUUCUGUUCAAUGUGGAGCUGCAGGGCUGAGGGGCUACACUCUGCCAUCUUUAACUGUUACUGAUCUGCAAUUCUACCCUGAUAUUAGCUCCUGUGGAAGGUGCAGGACUUCCUCAAGGGCUGGAAUUCACUCUGGUGCACAGAAUGACAUGAGACUCACCUGUUUGUUAAAUGUCAUUUCUGCCACACGUAAGGGAUGGUGACACAGAAUUUGGGCUCACCAUCUAGAUGAGAACACAUAUUAUCAUGUAUCUAUGAAUAUGUGCGUGAAAUACAUGCAAGCUAAGCUGAGAAUCUGCACCAGUGUUGUAUUUGAGAUUUGCAUCCCAGUGAUGCUCCACUCUGAUCAUUUCUCCUGCAUUUGUAAAAGAAAACGCUACUGAGGAACUUGAAGGGCCAAAGAGCCUCUGAAAUUAACUGCAGGUCAAGAGAGAAUCUCUCAGUAAGACUGAACACAGUGAUGUACGUAUAAAGCACUAAUAUCCAGGAUCCAGGAUUCUUUCUGAAGGAAAGGGCAAGAGAGGAAAGGAUGGCUGCACUGUGUCAUUACAGGCUCAGGAUGUAAGGAUUAUGUAUUUUGUGAGUAGUUUCAGCCACAAUUAAGACACAUUGGAUAUGGUAACAGGUUCACAAUGGUACCAAAGUCUUUUUUUCUUCUUCCUUUUUUUUUUUUUUUUUCCUUUUGAGUUUUGCAUAUAAUUCAGUGCUUAUAGCCUGGAGUAAAUCAUUCAGAUCUUCUGGCAGAAUAAGCUGAGCAGAACUGUUAACAGGAGAUUGCAUGCAGCAAGUCCAGCCUCCUCCCCAGCCAAGGCACUGAACCUACAGCCGUUCUCUUAAAUGUAAGCACCUGUGUCCAUAGCUCCAUUGCAGGGGACCUACUUACUGCAUCUGAUUUAGGAGCAGAAUCUCUUCCCUUGUUAAAAUAUUGUUCUUCAAACAGUUCACAGGUUAGCAGCCAAAUUCUUCUUUCGCCCAAAUCCUCAGUUUUUACAGACACUACAGCCAAAUUUUCAGGUGGUGUAAACUGGUGUGGCUCCACUGAAGCUAAGUAAGUGAUGCUCAUUUUCAGUAGGUGGGAUCAGCUAUGGAAAUCCAGCACAAGUUAAUACAUAUUAUAAAGUAGCUUCUUGAUUUUGUCAUGUUUAUUUCAUGUUCAGAAGUCUUAAAGCUUUUCAAUGUGUUUUCAUUUUUAGCUGUGGAUUGUAUUACUUUAAAAAAAAAAAAAAAAAAAGCAGCAAUAGAUUUUGUUUAGCUUAUGCAUCAAUGUUCAUUGCAUAUUGCAUUUCAUUAGCUGUUCAUACACUCCCAUUUAGCCUCCAGGUUUCCAUUGUAGUGCAAUCUGCGUUGAAAAGUUGGAUCUCUGUAUUGUUAAUUGUAUAAUAUAUUGAGCAUUAUGAAAUUAAAUGUACCUUACUAUGUGGGUGGGAGAGAGAGGAAAUAUUUUUACUUGAAGCCUUAAUAUUUUCUUUUUUUACUGCUUUGUUUGUUGACCUCAUAGGAAAGUCUAAAUAGCAAAGACUUUGGGCCAAAUACUGCACUGAUAUGCAACCAGCAUUUGGCCCCCACGUCAAAACUGGACGCAGACAAAACCUGAAGGUAACAGGGGAGAAAGCCUCAGGGCAGCAUCUUUUCCUGGAGGCCAUUAGAACAGCCUGAGCACUGUGUCUGUAAGUAAGCACAUUAAAGAAGUCCUCAAGUCUUGAAUUUUAAAGAAAGGUGAUAGCAGGACCUGCCCAAAUAUCUUACGUUUGCAUUUUCUUUUUUAAAUUAAAACAGAUGUAAUUGCAGUUUGGUCAGAGCUCUAAGGGUUGCACUAAGGGCUGUGUUAGUAGCCAUGUGCAGCAAAUGAACUGUGCUGAGUUGCCAUUCUGAAAUUGCUAACAAGGCAUAAGGACACAUCAGCUUGGCCUGAGAUGAUCACCCUGUGGGUGUUACCGUGGUGCUCCUCGGGGAAUGCCUACUCUACAAGCCUAAUGUGGAAAUGUGGUUUUCUUUGGACUAUAUCUAUGUCCAGACUAGAUAUAUAUAUAUAGACUUAUAUAUAUAUAUAUACACACAAUUUUUAUUUUUAUGUGGGGAAAAUGAGGUUAAGAUUGCUGUCCCUGACAGUCUGGAAAGCUAAUGCUGAACCGUUUCUAUGGUCUGUAUUUCACCUGUUCUGCCACCUUGAAUUGUUGGAAUGUAUCCGUGCAGGCUUUGUGGAGCUCUGUCUGUAACCUUUUUUGUGGCUCUCGUAAUACAUAUAUAUAUUUUUAAACCUUUGAGUCACUUCAGUACUUUAAAGUGUCCAGCGUCCCUGGUGCGUUACGCCUGACAUGGCCUCGUGUGCUGAGUCGGUUCGUGGGGUGCUGCCCCUGUUCAUUUCUGCUUCUGCAAAACAUGGACUGAAACAGCUGAACUGGGCAGGCCAGUUCCAGUGCAGAACCCAUGGGUGUCAAAAUAUUAAACCAAGUGAAUGCAGGUGCUCAUCUUCAAGGUGCUUUGAGUAGAAAAUAAGAACCUUCUAAAAAGUGCCUCCUGGUUGUGACCAACGGAUCGUGCUUCUGGGGCCGCAGCGGGUGGUGCAGGGCAACACGAAGUGAAGCUUCUCCCAGUGUCUGUUGUCGAAGUUGUGGGACUAAAUAGGAAUCCUGUGGUCCAGCACAAUUGGGAAUUGUUGCUACAGAGUAGUGUGGAAAAAAGUGUCCUAUCCAGGAUAUCUGGAUGUAUACAUCCCAAAGAUGUGUGACUUCUCAUCUAUCUGUCUUCAUCUGUUUCUGUUCUUUGGAAACACGUCCAUUUGAUGUGUAAGAUUGGCUUAUAACUCACACAACUGCCAAACUCCUAACCGCAGCUGCUUCAGGAUUUCUGAUGCUGUAAUUUGCAUAUGUAGACUAAUUAUAUUGAGCAAGAACCCAUUCAAACUUGUUCAUUAUAAAUACCAAUCGUAUCUGCGUGCCGUAGAGGCAGAGGUUACCUUACUGCAUGUCCAAAAGCUUAAUCAGCAGGCUCCAUUGAUGUUAACUAAGUCAAACAGAUUUAUGUAAGGUCAUGAACUGUUUUAGUACAUUUUAUUUAAAGACAUGUUGGCUUACAGAGGUCUUGGCUUUCCUCUCUCUAAGUAAUGGAUAAAUUAUCCACGUUUAUAUUCAAUCCUCCAUCACUGUUUUUUUUUUUCAUUCUGCAGGAUGAGUUUCAGUUCACAUUUUGGAACAUAAUAAGGAGAGACAAAGGGAACUAUUUAUACAGGUGAAUCUAUCUUCUAAGAGAGAAGCAGUUAUGUAAUAAAUGGAUUAGAGUUACUGUCAAAAUAGGUUUUGUUCAUCUUGUCACAAUAACUUGAAUUUUAAACUAAGGCUUGUUUCAUAGCUGAUAUCUGUAUAACCCUGAAACAUUUGAAAGGUUCCUUGGUUAGACAUUUCAAAUUAUAUGAAGAAAUAUGAUCUACUUCUGCAAAUUAAAGAGUCUCGGAGAAGUGAUGGUACAUUUUACAGUGCCUUAUAUAUAUGUGUAUAUAUAUAUAUGUAUAUAUAUAUAAUGCCUAUGUGUAUAUAAUGUAUACAUAACUGUACAUAUAUAUUCCAGUAAAACUAGUUCUAGGUGUCCCUAUCUGGUGUAUUUUAAAUGGAACUGAUCUGUGUUGAUAGACAAAGAAAUGGUUGUAUCAGCAGCAAAAUACAAAACCAAAAAUACUUAUUAAAACAUUAGCAAAUAAAACAAACUGAAAACAG